AUGAGCGUUCAAAAGCUUUUACUUCUUGUAGUUUUCCUUGUAUUUUUUGCUCUCCCCUCACUGCAACAUGAAGGGCUAGAUCAAACCGAAGAUGAACGACAAGAUUCUGGGACUUUGCAUGAUAUAAUUCGUGAUCACCCUUCUAAUGUUCCUAGUACACAAGAUAGAAUUUUGAAUCAUAUGUAUGAUAUUCUGGCUAGGGCGACGACUGAGAUGGGUGAGAAUUUUGAUAGGGCGAGGACUGAGAUGGGUGAGAAUUUUGAUAGGGCGAAGACUGAGAUGGGUGAGAAUUUUGAUAGGGCGAAGACUGAGAUGG